AAGAAAGAGAAAUAAAUUCCAGUGAGGAAAGAGGUGGCGGCGGAUCCUGGAGAGAGAGAGGGAAGCCAAGUUAGCCAAGCAUACUACUACUACUACUACUACUACUAGUGUUAUUAAUAGAUCCAACGGUUGAAAUCGAAUCCCACCCCUUGAUCCAACGGGAGAAAAGGCAACCGCGUUCACGAAGCCAACCCAAGAAUCCGUCAUCCUCAUCUUCUCAAAAUCCAGAUUCAACCCUUUUCUCUCUCACCCCUCACUAACCAACUUGCCUCGCCUCUUUCUAUUUUUUAUUGCUUUUUCGUAUUUUCGGUAUUAGAAAACAAAUUAACCAGAGAGAGGCGCUUGCCGUAACGCUAAUUGUGAAAGAAGAUGCAACCAACAUCCAACGGCUCUGAUUCGCAAGCGACGGAGCAGCGGACGCCGCCGCCCCAGUGGAUGCCGAUGCAGUACCCGGCAGCGGCGAUGGUAAUGCAGCACCACAUGAUGCCGCCUCAACAUUACGCUCCUCCGCCGCCGCAGCCCUACAUGGCCUACCACCACUACCAACAACAGCUGCCGCACGCCCUGCACGCGCACCAUCAGGGAUCCAGUGCCGAGAACAAGACCGUUUGGGUCGGCGAUUUGCAUCAUUGGAUGGACGAAAAUUAUCUCCACCGCUGUUUCGCUUCCAACGGCGAGAUUUCCUCAAUUAAGGUUAUUCGCAAUAAGCAGACUGGUCUAUCAGAGGGUUAUGGAUUUGUGGAAUUCUAUUCACAUGGCACAGCUGAGAAAGUUUUGCAGAAUUAUGCUGGGAUAUUGAUGCCUAACACAGAGCAACCUUUCCGCCUUAACUGGGCAACAUUUGGCACAGGAGACAAGCGUUCAGAUAAUGUUCCUGAUCUUUCUAUUUUUGUAGGAGAUUUAGCUGCUGAUGUUACAGAUAGCAUGUUGCAUGAAACAUUUUCUAAUAGAUACCCAUCUGUUAAAGCUGCAAAAGUUGUUUUUGAUGCCAAUACUGGCCGUUCAAAGGGUUAUGGUUUCGUCAGGUUUGGAGAUGAUGAUGAGAGGUCUCAGGCUAUGACUGAAAUGAAUGGUGUUUACUGUUCUAGCAGGCCUAUGCGUAUUGGUGCUGCAACUCCUAGGAAGACAUCUGGCUACCAACAAGGAAGUCAGUCAAAUGGCAUAUCCAGCCAAUCUGAAGCUGAUUCUACAAACACAACUAUAUUUGUCGGAGGACUUGACUCUAAUGUUACAGCUGAAGAUCUUAAGCAACCAUUCUCCCAGUAUGGUGAGAUAGUCUCUGUUAAAAUACCUGUUGGAAAAGGAUGUGGUUUUGUACAAUUUGCAAACAGAAAUAAUGCUGAAGAGGCAUUGCAGAAGCUAAAUGGGACAACGAUUGGCAAACAAAUGGUUCGUCUUUCAUGGGGCCGCAAUCCAGCAAAUAAGCAGCAGUUUAGAGCAGAUUUCGGCAAUGCUUGGAGUGGGGCGUAUUAUGGAGGGCCUGUUUAUGAUGGUUAUGGAUAUGCUUUGCCACCAUCUCACGACCCAAGCAUAUAUGCUGCUGCUUAUGGGGCUUACCCUAUUUAUGGAGGACACCAACAGCAAGUAAGCUGAGUGCAGGAACAACAUGGUGCUUCAACGAGCAACUUAACUUGUAACUUGCUUGGUCUGUUGAAUUCUGAAGAAUCCCUCCUAAUUGUGGAGUGGAGUUGAAUUUUGAUAACCGGAGGUAGCACUGUAGGAAUCCAAUUAAUCAUUCGUUUAGACUCGUAGGAGUAAUCAGGAUUAAACUUGUUUGUUGAAAUAAUUUAACUAUGCUUAAGUUUGCCCUCUUGCUUGCAUUUUAAUUGUUUUACUUUGGCGCUUCACAUUGUAACCUUCACUUUUACGGCUUGUUUGGUUGGAGGAGCGGGAGGAGAAACAGUAGAAAUGGAAAUGAUUAAAUAUGUUUUGUAUGAUAGAAAUAGAAAGGUCGUAAUUAAAAAGUUAGUGGAUUUCACAUGUUUUUA